AUGUCACUCCUCUUGUCCGCCCUCCGCCAGGCCCUGCUGUUGGCCAGCGCAGGGCUGGUUGCCGUGGUUACGGUCUGGACGGCCAGGCUGUUGCUUCGACACGUUUGGUUCACCCGCCGGCUGUCCUGCUUCAGCAGGCCUCGUGCGGACUCUUGGCUGAUAGGCCACCUGGGCCAGAUGCAGAGCACAGAGGAAGGUCUCCUCCAGGUGGAUGACUUAGUGCAUGCAUACAAACACUCCUGCAGCUGGUUCCUGGGACCCUUCUAUCACCUGGUCCGACUUUUCCGCCCGGACUUUGUCAAACCCCUGCUAAUGGCACCUGCCAGUAUCACGGUGAAAGAUGAGCUCAUCUACGGUCAUCUGCGGCCAUGGCUCGGCCAGAGUCUGUUACUGAGCAACGGGGAGGCGUGGGCCCGCCGGAGACGUCUUCUUACCCCUGCUUUUCAUUUUGACAUACUGAGGAACUACACUGCCACAUUUAACACCUCAGCAGACACCAUGCAUGAGAAGUGGCGCCGUCUGGUGGCGGAUGGCCGCGCCACCAUCGAGAUGUUUGACCAUGUCACUCUCAUGACUUUGGACAGUUUGCUGAAAUGCGCCUUCAGCUACAGCAGCAACUGUCAGGAGUCACGCAGCGAGUACGUGUGCGCUAUCGAGGAGCUGAGUGAUCUUCUGAUAGAGCGGCGCCAAAACAUCCUGCAUCACUGGGACUGGGUUUACUGGAAGACCCGGCAGGGGAAACGCUUUAAGGAGGCUUUAAAGAUUGUGCACAGCUUCACAAGGGAAGUGGUUCAGAGGCGCCGUGCGCUCAUCAAGACGUCUGAAUCCACCGCCACGCCUCGCAGGAAAAGAGAUUUCGUGGACAUCAUACUGCUCUCCAAGGACGGAGACGGACGAGGGCUAACAGACACAGAGAUGGAAGCUGAGGCCAACACCUUCAUGUUUGCGGGUCAUGACACCACGGCCAGCGCCAUCUGCUGGACGCUGUAUAACCUAGCACGCCACGCGCACUUCCAAGACCAGUGUCGGAGUGAGGUGCUGGAGCUGAUGCGUGGGCGUGAGGGUCGGGGAAUAGAGUGGGAAGAUCUGUCCAACCUUCCUUUCACCACCAUGUGCAUCAGGGAGGCACUGAGGCUGCACUCGCCGGUCCAGGCCGUGACCAGGACGUACACUCAGGACAUGUCCCUACCAGGGAACAGGACCGUUCCAAAGGGUGCCAUCUGUUUAGUCAGUAUUUACGGGACACACCACAACCCUGAAGUUUGGACAAAUCCACAUGAGUUUGAUCCACAUCGAUUUGAAGCCAUCAACCAAGAGGGACGCUCAUCCCAUGCCUAUAUUCCCUUCUCCUCAGGCCCCAGGAACUGCAUUGGUCAGAAGUUUGCACUUGCAGAGCUCCGUGUUGUGGUGGCAUUGACCCUGUAUCGGUUCCGCCUGACCCCAGGGGUGAACCCCAAAUCCGGCUCGGAGGAGGUUCGCCGUCUUCCCCAGCUUGUGCUGCGUGCGGAGGGCGGCCUCUGGCUGCAGCUGGAGCCUCUGACCUGACUGGCCUUAUCACAGUACCAGAAUUGUAGUAGUCGAUAGUAUAUACAUUUUUAUGAUACUCUCUUAACCAAUACCACCAUAAAAACAACAAACUGAUCCAAUGUACUUUUAAAUUCACUACUUUACUGAAAAGUAUUUUAAACUGUCAAGUAUUGUAAUUUAACUUCUUUUUGCACAUAAUUCAAAUUGCAGUAGAAGCUCCCAAGAGGCAACUUAACAUUUAAAGAACAGCAGUUCUCCCAUUAUAUCAAAACAAACAAUACUGUGCUUAUAUAU